AUGACCAUUAUUGUUUUACAGGAAAUGAUGUUCAGUUGGACGACAAGAGAUCUGCCGCAAUCUCCUGCUCCAAUUUGCAAUUUCAAGAAAGUUUGUAAACAUUGGAAACAGUGCAUCUUACUCAGUGCAAGCAAGGAGUUCUACCGCGUGCGCAAACCCUCCAAGUCCCUCCAGAGUCCUCCACGAACUCCUGUAGGUCCAGGUGGCGCCCGCAUCCCCUGCGUUUGCGUUGGACGGUCAACAGUCGCCCAAGAGCACUCUGCGCCCUCUCGAGGGCUCUGCGCGUCCUUCUGGCGGCGUCCGCGCACCUGCGGCGUCGCCCCCGGCCAAGGCGCGUGCCGCGGUGGCCGCCACCCGCCACCCGCCCUGCGUCGCCAAGUCAACAGCCGCGUAAUCAGGCGCCGCGCGCGGGCGCUGCACUGGGCGGGCGGCGCGGCGGCGCGCGUUGACGCAAGAAGCGCGGCGGCCAGGCCGUCGCCCGCCCUGGGGCCACGUGGCGCGCCGCGCCGGCCUGACGCGCUCGCGCCGAGCUAA